AUGGCGCCCUCCGACUCUCUGUCACUUGCCCCUCACGGCAUCUUUUUCAGCGAAUUACAAGAAGAUGAGGGCGGAGGUUCUUCUUCUCAGCAAGAGGUCUUUGCGUUUCCCGUGGGGGAGGCCUUCACCUCCGGGGACGCCUCCGGUGGGACCGCCGUGCCUCCGCCGUCGGCACCGGCUGCCAAGCCCGAGAAGAAGCGGCGCCGGCCGGCCCUUUCGAGCACUGCGGGCCAAGCCGGGGGCGGAGACGUCCCGGCGAGGUCGGCCCCUGUCACCAGCACUCAAGGACACUCCCCUACGACCAAUGCCCGACCGGGUAGGUCCCCUUCUAGUGUUCAGAGUUCUACCAUGGGAUCUGCCUCGGGGGCAUCGACGGUAGAUGCCCUGGCUGCGAGGGUGAGAGAGCUUGAGCAGAAGCUCGCAAAUACUUGUCACAUCACACACCCUGCUGAAGACAAGUUGGUUGAGUUUGAGUUUGAGGAGAAAGAACAAGAGGAACCAGCACCUAUGAAGGGAACUGUAUCCAAAACGAGGUUCUUUGGCCAGAGCCAUUGGAUGAAUGGUGCAGACAUGUUCCCCAACAUUCUCAAUGUUCUUCGCAACGCAGAAGUUCGAAAGAUAGAACCCCACGCCAUCUUUAUCAAAUGCAAGACCCUUGCUCGCGCCAUCAAGGCCCACCGGCUCAAGCCCAUCUCAUCAGACAACCUAGGCAAGACGAUUCCUGAGCGUCAACUCGCCAACCAGCUUGUCGACGCCUACUUCCGCACCUUCGAGGGCGUCGUCCGUAUUCUCCAUGGACCUACCUUUAGAGCUGAGUAUGAACGGUACUGGCAGAAUCCCGAUGCUGCCAGCGAAGUGUUUGUCAUGCAGCUCCAGCUUUGCAUGGCUAUUGGGGCAACCGUUUACGACGACAUUUUUAGUCUUCACUCUGCUGCCAUGCAGUGGGUGCAUGAGGUUCAGAUUUGGCUUAUGCUUCCUCCCGAGAAGAGUAGGAUGACCAUCGCCGGAAUUCAGAUCAUGUGCAUGCUGGUCAUCGCCAAAGCGUGCUGUGCAGUUGGACAGGAUCUUACAUGGGUGUCAACGGGAAGCCUGAUCAGGCAGGCCAUGUACAUGGGUCUUCAUAGGGAUCCAAAGCACUUGGGAAAUAUGUCCGUCUAUCGCUCCGAGAUGCGCCGUCGUCUGUGGGCAACUAUUCUCGAGCUCAAUCUGCAAUCCUCUUACGAUGCUGGGGGGCCGCCACUCCUCUCCUCCAAGCACUACGACACGAAGCUCCCUGCUAAUCUCAACGACGACCAACUCAGCGACGAACCAGACAGCAGCCGACAGCCUACCAGUAACCCGGAGGAGCUAACCGAUAUGUCGGUUCAGUUAGCACUAGUCAAGUCUCAGCCGCUUCGCCUCGCCAUCAUCAAGCACGUCAACGAGUUCCGGUCCAAGGAGUCGUACCCAGAAACGCUACGUCUCAACUCGGAGCUCACAAAGGCCUGUCGCACCCUGACAGAGACUCUCGCUGCUCUUUCUCAAGCGCAGAGACGCAGCUCGAGGGCCAUAUUCAACCAGUUCCACAGCGCCCUCAUCCAGAUGUUCACCUAUCGCUGUUUCCUAUCUCUUCACCAGCCCAUGCUGGCCCGUUCUGCCGAGGAUCCGACGUACUACUACUCGCGCAAAGUCUCGCUCGACUCAUCUCUUAAGAUCGCCCAGAUCUGUGGUUUGGCGACACCUCGAUACCCAGCCGCACCUCCUGGUGCGCUCGACCCGACGACGUGCUUCGACAGGCUCAUCACCAACGGUUCAGGGGUCUUUCGUAUUGUCCCCGUACAGACACUUUUCUCCAUUGCCCUUGAAUUCAUCAAGAAGAAGGAGGAGCAACGUGAGAGUCUAGGUGGGAUGCCUUCCAUGGGCUGCAGCGAGCUUCGAACGGUUCUCACUGCUGCGCAGGAAUGGGCACAGCGGCGUCUGCGUUCAACCGAAACCAACAUCAAGGGGUACUGUUUCAUGACGGCGUGCAUAGCCCUGGCCGAGGCCAUAGAGGUUGGCAUGUCGCAGGAGGAAAUUGAUCAGGUCGUUAUCGACGCGGGCGCCAAGGUCAGCAUAAGAAGCUAUGAUCUGCUCAAGGAGGUUGCGGAGCGUGAAGGCGUGCCACUGGAUGAUACCGAAGAGGGGAUGGUUCCAGCCGAGACCCCAGCAGUCGAAAGUAUGGAGGGCAUUGUGGACAUGCCGUUUGACUGGAUGGGGGAUCUAGGGUGGGAUACCAUGGGCGGGUUCCCCUGGUCAAAGGGCGCCGUGGGUAUGCCGCAGCAGUUGGAUUCGGUCGACCCGUCGGUUGUCUCGCAGUUCUAG